UUUGGGCAAUAAUUCAUGUGCACUCCUCCGUUGUGGUAACGACACAUAGCGACCAAACUGUUGGUGUAGCAACGGUAAUUCACACAAAGUAACACAGAUAAUGUCUUACUUGUACUCGAAAUGCCAGGCAGUUAACUUUUUUAGGUUGUUCUACAGCUGUCCAAUAAUGUAAACUAAGACUGCUCAAACAUUUAACCAGAGUGACAGCCCGUGAUUGUGAGUAUCAGCUAAUUAGCGUUUUAAGGCUACAUGCAGUUCGUUUACAUAAACAACGCAGGUGCUUUACUGGAGCCAUGCCAGCGACGUGCACACAAGAGUCGGGGGAAAACUCGAAGGUGUCGACAGAGGGGGGUGAUACUUUGAACCUGCCCUCACCUUCAGGACAAACAGAGCUGGAAGCAGCCGACCAAGGUCUUGGGAUAGACGCAAACAACAUUAAACACCUAAUUAACGAGUUUAACAGACUUUACGAGCAGAGGCUGAAAUGCCUUGAGGUGGACGCCGCCAUGUCAAGGGAGGAACUCCAGCAGAAGAAAGUGGAUUUCCUGCAGUCUUACGUGAAUGACCUCACAGACCAGAACCAGUUGCUGGCUCAGACCAUUGAGGAUUUGCAAAGGGAAGCUCGACACAAAGUUUCCAGUUAUGGAAUGAAGCUACACAGCUCUGAUCAUGAUUUGAACGUGUCUGAGGUUAAUCUGAAGACUUUGUUGCUGGAUGAGUUUAUGGGACCUAUGGUUCACAUCCCACACAGCACUGGUUCCUUGGUCCAGAUUGCAUCAGAGUCAGAAGACCUUGAAAUCCAGUUGCAAACCAAGGAUGUAGUCAUCUCUGAACUUGAGAGGGAACUCAGAGAGAAUUUACAGCAAAAGCAAAAGACUGCAACACAGGUGUUGGAAAGUACUGAGAGGCUGGUGCACCUGCAGAGUGAGCUGUCUUGUCUGCAGCGUAUCCAUAAAGACAACAUGAAGGAGAUUGCUGAGAAAGACAUCUGCAUCACCAAACUGCAAGCUAACAUUCAGCUACUGAAACAAGAGGGAGCUGACACUCAUGCUCAGGUUGAGGCCAAAAUGGUGCAUUUGAAGGAUGAACUCUGCGCCUUUUUUCACAGAAGGAUGGAGGAGAAAGAGGCAAGGAUUGUCCAACUAACUGAAGAGUUAAAUGGAGUGAAACAAAAAAUGAAAGAUAGAGAGGAUCGUGUGAGGCACCUGGACCAGGAUGUGGUUGCCUUGCGAGCCACACAGGACUCUCUGAUGAGAACACUGGCUAUGAAGGAGAAACACUCUGAACAGCUGGUCCAAUGCAACGCACAGCUCAAAGAAAGCCUGGCCACGCUGCAGAGCAAAUUACAAACAAGUGAGUGCAUGUUGAGUGAUAUCAGCGAGACCCUGGAUCAGACCAGAAUCAGCCUGAACACAGACAGACAGCAGAAAGACAAAAUCCAGAACGAGCUGCACCAUGCUGGCGAAGAGGUGGAGCGUCUGCAGCUGGAACUAACUGAUGCACGCAUCACCACAGAAAAGCAGAUACAGAAGAAGGAGAUAAAGUUGCGUGCGCUGGUGAGGGAGCUCACAGAACAUAAAAAGCAGCUCUCUGAAUGCCAGAAAGAGUUGCUUCGAAGGGAGAAGGCUUUGGAGAAACUGCGUGAGGAGACGAGUGAGCAGAGAGCCAAGAUGGAGGACCACAGCAGAGAGUGUGCUCACCUCAACCAGACCAAAGACAGACUGGAGGCUGACUUGGCUUUGAGCCACAAGAAACUCCACACUUCACACCUGGAGGUUCGAAGCAGAGAUCAGUUUAUUCUGCAGCUCAGAGCUGAGAUGAAGGCAGCCGAGCAAAAGCAUCAAGGGACACAGAAACAGGUGACAGCACUGGAGGAAGAGGCAAGACACUUGAACCAUAAGGUCAGAGCACGUGAGGAAGAGGCCUGUCAGUUAAGUGAAAAGCUGAGAGGUAUCGAGCAUCUUAAAGACCAAAAGGAGACAGAACAACAGCAGCUAUACGGUCAGCUACAAAUGAGUCAGCAACAGGUCGAGACAUUUAAAGAGAAACUAAUGAAACAGGAGGCUGACAUGGAAUUUCUUCACCACCAGCUGAAAAGAGCGAAGGGCAAGCUGAAAGAGACCAAUUUGCAAAACCAAGGGCAGAAAGAAACAGUGGCGAUUUUUAAACAGAAAUACACUGUGGCAAUAGAGAAGGUGCAAAGGGUGCAAGGGCAGGUGGAACUACUGGAAGAGGAGCUACAAUAUUCACAGCAACAGCUAAAAGAUUCGCAAUCAGCAGCUCAUUCAAUAAAGCAAGAGUUAGCUGAGCUGGAGCAGCGCUACCAGGAGAAGGUUGGCCAAUGGGAGAGCUCACAGGAGGCUUUUGACCAAUUAGCGGAUGAGCUACAGGCCAAUCAGAACCUACUGAGGGAGAGUCAGCAAAACGCCGACCAUUUUAAAAGCCUGAUGGGAUCCCUCCAGGAGCAGGUGGACACAUUUAAACAGCAGAAACUGACGGUGGAGCGCAACCUACGGCUCUAUCAGCAAAGCCAUUCUCAUUCUGACGAGGAGUAUCUCAGCCUGUCAAGACUCAGACAACAGCUACAGGAGCGCUGCACUGAGCAGGUUGAACGCCUUGCGGAGUGUGAAAAGGCUAUUCUUCAGAUGAAGUCAGAGCUGGAGAGACAAACUCAGGAAAACGUGGGUCUGAAGCAAACUCUUGCUGCUUCCCACCGCAAGCACCUGAGCAACCGCAGCGAGCUGGAAGACAAAGUGGCACAUUUGAAAAAAGAAGUAACAUGCUUAGAGCUUGAGCUGGCGGACACCCAAAAGGUACAGGUGACAGUCCGCAUGCAGUCAGAGGAGGAGCUGAAGGAGGUCAGACGAGAGUCUGCAAGAAGGAGUAAGGAGGUGGGUGUGCACAAGGGAGAGGUGCAGAGACUUCAGGAGGAGUUGCAGAAGGAGGAGGAGAAGAUGAGGAAAGCCAUCAGAGAGAACCAGAGCCUGAGUGUUUCCACCAGACAGCUGACGCAGGAGCUGAAGGAGCUACGUAACAAGCAUCAAGUGACAGUGGAGGAGUUGGCAGCUUGUGCAGAGGAGGCGAGGCGGAUGGAGGGGUGCCUGAAUGAAGGAAAGCUAGCAGAGGAGAAAAUAAGGUCCAUGGCGGCGAGGCUGGAGAAGGAGGUGACAGAGCUCAGGAAGAACCUUCAGCAGGCUGUCGAUCAGAAAUUCAAGGCUGAGAGAGAGAAACAGGAUGCACAAGACCAGGUGAACUCACUUCGGUCAGAGCUGGAAGGAACACGGUCUGAUAAUCUAAACCUUCGCCAUGAGAGCCAGCUGGUCAUGACCAAUGUCGGCCUUUGGAUCACUGAACAAAAGGCCUCUAAUGAGAGCCUCACUGCCCAGAUGAAGGCCCAAAACAAGGUGCUGCUCAUCGUCACUGAAGAGAAAGAACAUCUUCAGGAGGCUAAUGACACACUAAAGGCAGAGGUAAAGAGACUGAAAGAAGUGGCGGAUGAGAAGGAGAGGGACAUGGAACGCUUCAAGGCCCAGAUCCGAGACCGGGGCAUCCGGCAAGACGGGAAAACCAUGGAAAAGAAGGGUUGUGUUGCUCUAAACCUCAGCAAAAUCGAGGACAUGCAGACCAGACUGCAAGGCAACCUGGAGGCCAUCGGAAUGCUAAAUCAACAAUUAAACGCCCUCAGCGGGGAGAAUAAGCGUUUGCGUAGGCAGCUGGAGGAGGAGAGGUCCAUGCGUGGACAAGUGGUGCAACUGCUCCCACCUCCUCCCACGUCCCAGCGCUGCUCCUCCAUCCACCUCCCUCUCUCCCACAGAGCCCACCCUCCUCCCUCCGCCUCCCUUCCCUCAACCUCCUGCCUCCCUCGUCCUCUGGGUCCAGAGACAUGGGACCCUGAUGGGAUUCUAAGUCAAACCAAGCUGAGCAGAGCUGGAUCAGAGAGACCAGGUGAGUCCCAGGUUUUGGGUGAAGUGUUUCGGAUCAGACCAACUGCAGAGUGCGCCGACUCCACCUCUCUGGAAGAUGUUUGGUCUGGGAGGACAAGCAGGCAUCUGGCCAAAUGAAGCCCCCUGAAGACUUUGACCUGUCAUGACUUCUUGACCCUCAGCUCCUCACGAGGGAGCAUGCUCAGUAUGAGGUUAAUGUCCUCCAGGUCAAAGUCAAGUCCCAGGGUUCUUUUUGCCUGAGGGGGGCUCCAGAACCAGCAAAUGAUGGAAUUUCCUUAGCUAUGUUUUAUAUGGCUGCUGCCAUGCCAUGAGAAGAAGAGAUUCAUCCCAAGAAAAUGUUCACAUUUAUAGAUUAUUUUGAAAGCAAAAAGACCUUAUAGCAUCAGCAAUUAAAUAUUAAAACAAUGAUGUGGUUUUGCAGCAAAACUGUAGCACUAAACACUAGAAUAUUUUUUUAACAUCUGCACUUAUUUGGAAAUCCCCAAGAGUUCUGAUGAACUAUAAUCAUUUUAAUUAACUUGAAUGGGUAAAUGAACUAAACAGAGCAAAUGACUGAGUGCAAAUGUGUCUCACACUGGAGACGAGUCCUGCUUUGGAUAAAUGAGAGACGGCACAUCAUCAGUAUCCACAGACAUGGCUCAGAUGUUGAUGUAAAUGGCUGGAGCUCAGCCUCUGAUUACGCUGCAGCUGUGCGCCAUGUGUCCCACGUCUACUGUGGUGAAUGUGGCCGUAUGUCUUUAUGUUGGAGUACAUUAUGUGUCUGUGUGCUUCUGUCUCCACAUAAGGGCCUGUGGGUGAGUGUGCACUCGCGCGAUUGAGUGUAUUAGCUGUUUAAUAUUGUAGAUGUUGUUUUAUAUUUAGUUUUAUACUUUAAAACCUAUUUAUUGAUUUUUCUCUGCCGCUGUGCCUGAGCCCCCAUGUUGGGAUAACAGAAAAAUAAAAUUUGUAAGCAGCUUUA